AAUUUAGCGUGCGCUAAUGGGCCGGCGCCUUUGUGCGGCCCGCGCCGCCAUUGGCCGCCGAGUGUGGGAACGGCCGCGGCGCCCGGGCCCCAGGCGCCAGGCCGCCGCCCGCGCCUAUAUAGGGCCGGCGCGCGGGUCCGUGUCCGCGCCAGCCCGGGACGCCUGGCUCUGCCCGCUCCGCUCCGCUCGCCCGCUCGCCCGCUCCGCGCCAGGCAUGGCCCCCAGCACUGUGGCCGUGGAGCUGCUCAGCCCCAAGGAGAAGAACCGACUGCGGAAGCCGGUGGUGGAGAAGAUGCGCCGCGACCGCAUCAACAGCAGCAUCGAGCAGCUGAAACUGCUGCUGGAACAGGAGUUCGCGCGGCACCAGCCCAACUCCAAGCUGGAGAAGGCAGACAUCCUGGAGAUGGCCGUCAGCUACCUGAAGCACAGCAAAGCCUUCGCCGCGGCCGCGGGCCCCAAGAGCCUACACCAGGACUACAGCGAGGGCUACUCGUGGUGCCUGCAGGAGGCCGUGCAGUUCCUGACGCUGCACGCCGCCAGCGACACGCAGAUGAAACUGCUCUACCACUUCCAGCGGCCCCCGGCCGGGUCCACGGCGCCUGCCAAAGAGCCCCAGGCGUCCAGCGCCGCGGCCCCGCCCGUGCGCUCCUCGGUCAAGGCAGCGGCCGCCGCCGCCGCCGUCGCCGAGCGCCAACCCGCCUGCGGCCUCUGGCGGCCCUGGUGACCGGGCGACUGCAGGGCCGCCCGGUCUAGGACCAGAGGGCGAGCCGUUCCUCUAGAGUGUAGGGAAGACCUUCCCAGCCGCAGUCCGGCCCCGGAUGGAACGCACCCUUCUCCGGAAGGCUCCCUCCCCAGGCUGGCAGGCCAGCAGGAGGGUCAUUCUCAGAGAAUGUUGUGUGCAAUGUCCUUGUCAUUUUAGGACAAUCAGGGCCCAUUUUCUGCCAAGUGUCUGACCCCAAGGGGUUGUUCUGUGUUUGCAUUUCAGCAAGUGACUUCUGGGAAGUCCCCAUUUGCGGGGUUCUAUGAUAUUUGUAGGGUCAGGGGCUGGGCCUGCCGAAGCCCCAUCCUGUAGAGGACUUUCUUCAGGGCCUGUUGCUGCUGGGCAGGGCCCCUGCAGGCAGGCCGUGCCGUGGGCACGCUUGCCUUUUGUGAAGGCGGAACUCCAGGUGUAUCCUCAUAGGAAGUACUCAGCCUGCUUGGGUGCCUGGACCAGAUCUGUGGUUCUAAGGUCCACAUGGCUUUGAUGUCUGGUGGAGGCUCAUAGUGGGCUGUUUGGGGAGAGGGGUCUCCACUAUGAUCCUUAAAGGAUUCCUUUGUGUGGGUGGGUGCACCGUGGGAUGAUUUUGUACUUAGAAUUUAAACUCUUCGUACCGUGAGAACCCAUGGACUGCUCUGAAAGCUUCUAAUAAAAUCUAUCAGAUUCUUCACUGUCUGUGCCUCGCAUAUGUCUUUGCCAUCCACGGGGGCAGGUCUUCAGCGGUGAACGGGAGUGGGCACUACUGUCAUG